AUCCGUUUAGUCCAACAAGAUCAACACGCCUCCAGCUCGUCACCACCACCACCACUACUUCACGUUUUCCAUCCAACUUCUUCUUCACUAUAUCCCAUAUAUUCCUACAUCCCACCCCACUCCACAUCCUUUUUCUUCUUUCAUCGCCGUGUUUCGUUGCACAUCGUCUUCUCCCCUCUUUCUGCAGUCGUGCAGCUGUGCAGGGAAGAAGCCUGCGACGACAGAGGUUGUUGUAAAUGCACGGGUUGCGGAGCCUGUGGCAGAUGUGACGGCGGAAAAGUAAACAAAACCUCUCCGGACGCUCCUGCAGCAUCACGCCGGCGUCGCAACCUUCUUCUCGACUACUCGCUCAUCAGGGUCUGACGCCACGUCGCGCCUCUCCCCUAAUACAAAUCGAAAGUAGGACGUCGGGCUUCUGAGUUGACGAACCGCCAACACCAUCAUCGCCAUCACAAACAAAUCUCUCUAUACGUCGGCACACACAAACACACAAACACACACACACAGAGUAUCGCGAAACACAUCGACAAUGCACAUGGAGGAUUCGCCCGCCCUGGGUCCGCUGACCUCCCACCCGAUCAUGGGCUCAACAGCAAAUACCACAUGCACCUCCAAUGGCCAGCGGCCUACAGCGAAACGCGCAAACUCGGCACAGCGCGCCAACUCUCGCUUCGUCGAGGGUUCCAUGAACGACCGCGCCUCAGCUGCGCCACCCAUCGAUUUUCUCGGCCCAGAGGACUCCUCCGAGAUUGCGCGCCGUUUCCACAUGGACUUUUACGUCGAGGCACCCAACGCCGGGGUCUUCUCACCGCAGAAGCCUCAUCAUCAACCACAACAGCAGCAGCAGCAGUACCACCAGCCGCUGCAUCAGCAAUCUCAGCCACUCCUGCAACAACCGACAGUCACCUACGGCGAAGUUAAGAGACCCGCCAGCUCGGCCAGCAGCCAUGUGGGCAAGAAGGGCUUCUGGGGCGGCCUGCGUGAGAAGCUGAGCUUCGUCAGGGACAAGGGGGCUAAGCGCCCUCUCAGCCUGGACGGCAAGCUUCUCGCCCAAGGAGGUGGAGCUGGAGGUUUCGGCAGUGGCAACAACGGUGGCAUUGGCGCGUCGGCCGCCGCGGCUACGGCAAACAACGGCGCCGGCAUGCCCAGCAGAGAGGAGAUCAUGGCCAGCUACCAGCAGCUGAUGAGAGACGGCUUCUUCGAUGCGCAUGCCAUCCGCUCCACUCGCCAGCCACCCCCGCCGUCGAUCAACCCGGCUAAGACUAUCUACUCGACCAGGCCUCCCGCGGACAAGAAGUCCUUCGCCGAGCGCGUCUCGGGUCAAUGGCCUCUUCCGCCGACGGAAGAGGUCCAACCGCUGCCGGACUCCCGCGACGGGAAUAGAAAGCGCGGCUUCGACGACGAAGAGGACUUGUCGGCCGCCAAGAAGUUACGCAAAACGGCAUCACGCAUGUCCGCCGACCUCUCCAUUCCCGGCCUACGCAAGCCACGGUCCCAUGCGCAUUCUGCCUCAGAGUCCAUGCCUCCCCCGCCGCCUCCUCCCAGCUAUAUGCCCCCGCCUCCGCCCCCUCGAGCCGUCGGUGGUGGCAUUGUCUUUAUCCGCCGGUCGUUUAGUAACUCGACCCGGGCCACCAAUAAACUGGCCAAGCACGCGCCCUCGUCUUCUCUUGGCCCUGUUCCCAUAGACACCGACCUCACGCCCCCAAACCCGAUGUACGCGGCUAGCACCCACAGCAGCAUCGCCUCCAACGACUCCCGGCGGUCCUUUGCUGAGGCUGCUCGUGCGUGGACCUCGCGUGCCGCGCGCAAGGCGGCCGAGCCGCUAGGUCUGAGACCCAACUCGAACCACGGCGCGGUAAUGCAGUGCGGACCCGAGCAGUUUAAGAACCGCGGUUUCGGCUGCGAAGGGGAGAAUCACGUCGCCGUCGCCGUGCAAGAGCGCGAGCUGCCUGGCCGUUGGAGGGGUAUGCGGUUCACUUAAGGGCAAGCGAAGUGUUUGCCGCCCUUGGUGGGACUUGUCCUGGCGGGCCGACACCAUACGUUUUUCCAUCACACAUAUGUGGCCUGCCGGGCUGGAGAGAUCUGGCGUUGUUGAUUGUAGUACAACGUAUUCCUGGACGAGCUCACGAUUUUUGACGACUUGAAAUGACCUCCUUUUUUCUUUUGAGAAUUCAGCAUCGACCCCGCAGUACGACUUUGUUUUAUUUCCUCACAACGAGCCCGACUUAAGGAGGAGCAGACGACGCGGCUUCCCCGUCCGCGGCACUGCUCACCCAGUGAUU